AUGAAGCAUAUUUUGACUGUCCUGUACGGAAUCAAGAUAAGCCAUGAGCUCCACAUGUUGCUUGUAGUUAUUGUAAAAGGUUGGUAUCGAAGUGAGAAAAGGUCUAUGAAAUUUGCAAUACCAAGGAUUUGGCGAGAACCAAAAGACCAUAUUACUGACUGCUACUUUUGUAUGGUGAAUCCGAGUAAAAGACGUAGAGGUAAAAAUGCAAAACCUAUUGAAUAUCCUGACCUCGAAUCUUCUUCUGCUCCAAUUGCUCACGACCUGACACGACCAGAGUUUUUGCUUACACCUGAACAACCAAAACACUAUCUCAUUACUUCAGAAGAUUUUAACGAUCUAAUUAGAGAUUUGAAUUUGCCAAAAAAUAAAGCAGAGCUUCUAGGCUCUCGGUUAAAACAGUGGAAUUUGCUUGAUGAUGUUAAGAUCACGGAUCAGCGGACUAGGCAUGAAAUGUUUGCAACGUUUUUCACGAAGGAAGAUGGACUUUGUUUUUGUAAUGACAUUAAAGGAAAUAAUAAAGCUGAAAACUACGAAAAGUUGGUUGAGGAUAUGCUUACAAAUUUUAAGGCCAUGGGCUGCAGGAUGUCAUUAAAAGUACAUAUGCUGCAUGCUCAUUUGGAUAAAUUUAAAAACAAUAUGGGAGCCUAUUCCGAAGAGCAAGGAGAACGUUUCCAUCAGGACAUCAUGAAUUUUGAACAACGCUAUCAAGGCCAAUACAAUGAAAACAUGAUGGGCGACUAUAUUUGGGGUUUAUUGAGAGAAAGUAGCUAUGAACAUAAAAGAAAAAGUAAAAGUGUGCACUUUUAAGUUAUUUUCCACUUUUCUGUAAGCUAAUUUGAUAGUAAAACUUAAUAAAAAUAAUAAACAUUUUUA